AAUCAAAGCGCCAACGCCCGUACAGGACUCUCGUUUCAAGAGUUGAGACUCAAGAGUUUAAGACACAGGAACACAAAACCAAAACAAACUCUCUCUCUCUCAAAACUGAAAAUGUCCGACGGUGUCUUGACGGUCCUAGAUGGGACCCACCUCCGAGCCACCAACCUCUCUCCGCCGGACUCCAACGUGGCCCUCACCGGAGCUGAGCUUCUCGACCUUGCCGAUUACACCGUCUCCUCUGCUCUCUUCGGCCUCGCCUUGCCUCAAACCCUCAUGUCCUCCGCUCUCCGUCGCAUCGGCAUCCGCGACAACGACGACGUUUUCCGUCGCACCGAGCUUGCUCCUGAUCAGGCUUCUCAGACGAUCAAGCUCUACAUCGCUGCGAUCGCCGAUGAACUACAAGAUGAUCCGAUUGUUGUAGCAGUCUUGGACGGAAGAGCGAUUAGGAUGUUUUUAGAGGACGAGGAUGAGUUUGCGAUGAUAGCAGAGAAUCUCUUCACUGAUUUAGAUGCAGAAGAUAAGGGAAAGAUCCGCAAGAGUGAAAUUCGCAAUGCUCUUGGUCACAUGGGAGUUGAGAUGGGUGUUCCUUCCAUUUCAGAGUUUCCUCUACUGAACACCAUCUUGAAGAAACAUGGGGCAGAUGGAGAAGAAGAAUUGGGCCAAGCGCAAUUUGCAUUGUUACUUCAGUGUGUUCUACAAGAUCUAGAAGAUGCCUUGUCUGAAAAGCGUGUUGUUCUCGUCCAGAACAUCAGGAUCGUUGAUGGUUCCAAGCUAAGCAGGCUAUUGGCUGAUGAGAAGCAAUUUAGCAAUGUUGUAGAGAAGAUACUGCAGGAAAAGCAGGGGGGAAAAGAUAGCUCAGGGGUUGCACAACUGGUGAGGAGUUUCCUUGAGAAAAACGGAUCAGAGUUGGGUUUGCCACCAUAUGAAGCCAACGAGGCUGUUGUUCUUCUGUACGAUUCGAUCUUUACUGAAAUAGGGAACAAUAAGACUGCUUCGGCAGUUGAUAGGGAUGAACUUUUCAAUCUUACAAAGGGGAUUCUCGAGAAAUUCGCAGAGCAGCUAGAAGCCAAUCCUGUGUAUCAUGGUCUUGCUCAGUGAAAGAGAGACAAGUUGGUGGUGUCCUGCAUACAAAAUCCGCAUUGGCAGAGCUUGUUGUUUGUCCUGAGAAUCUACUUAGUUUUUUCCGAGGAUCCCUUUGUAUUAUCAUAAAUUCAGAUGUUCUCCCAUAAUCCAUAUAUAUUCCGAGGAUCCCUUUGUAUUAUCAUAAAUUCAGGUGUUCUCCCAUAAUCCAUAUAUAUACUAGCUAGUAUGAAGAGAAGCAUAUAUUGUAAUCGGUUAGUUUGAUACAUGCCCUUCUUAAAAUUCUUCUCUAUACUGUUUACUGAUCGUAUGGAUAUAAUACAAACAGAAUUGAGCUUUUGAUACAAAGAAAAACUUUUGAAAACAAAAUGAAAUCACAUAUUG